CCACUAAGACAUAGUUGAAUAAAUCACUUCAAAGCCAGUUGAGCAAAUCAGAAGCAUAAGCCAUUCAGGCCGGAAAUGCCUCCACCGAUGACCGCCGCCGUCACCGUCUCCACCGCCACUAGAAAAACCACGCCUUCAUGCUCAAUUCCUUCUCUUUUUCUCAUCUUUAUUCUCGUUUCCGUUCUGUCCCUCUCUCUUUUCUUGCUAUUCUCCGACACAAGUCCCUCUUUUCAAAAUCCUCAAAGCACCAUCCAAGCCUCAUCAAAUACCCUCAAAGUCUAUUUAGCAGACCUCCCUAGAUCCCUCAACUAUGGCCUCCUAGACCAGUACUGGUCCUCCUCUGUACCCGACUCCCGCAUUAGCUCCGACCCAGAUCACCCCCUGAUUCAGAAGCGCAAAAGCUCUAAAUUUCCACCUUAUCCUGAGAACCCAUUGAUCAAGCAGUACAGUGCCGAGUAUUGGAUCACGGGCGACCUGAUGACGCCGGAGAAUUUAAGGACUCAAUCUUUUGCGAAAAGGGUACUUGAUGUUAAUCAGGCGGAUGUGGUUUUUGUACCAUUUUUCGCGACAUUGAGUGCGGAAAUGGAGCUUGGGAGAGGGAAGGGUACGUUUAGGAAGAAGGAUGGGAAUGAGGAUUAUAAAAGGCAGAAGGAUGUGAUUGAGUUCGUGAAGAGUUCUGAAGCCUGGAAGCGGUCGGGUGGUAGAGAUCAUGUUUUUGUUCUCACUGACCCUGUUGCAAUGUGGCAUGUAAGAUCUGAGAUAGCGCCAGCAAUUCUCCUGGUUGUGGAUUUUGGUGGAUGGUAUAGGCUUGACUCGAAAUCAUCCAAUGGUAACUCAUCAGAUAGGAUACAACACACUCAAGUUUCAUUGCUGAAAGAUGUAAUUGUUCCAUACACCCAUUUGCUUCCGAGAUUGGACUUAUCAGAGAACAAAAAACGCCAUACACUUCUUUAUUUUAAAGGAGCCAAACAUAGGCACCGGGGAGGUAUUGUUCGAGAAAAAUUGUGGGACUUGUUGUUUAAUGAGCCUGGGGUUAUUAUGGAAGAAGGCUUCCCCAAUGCCAGCGGGAGAGAGCAAUCAAUUAGAGGGAUGAGAACAUCAGAAUUCUGUUUGCAUCCAUCUGGAGACACCCCCACUUCUUGUCGACUGUUUGAUGCCAUCCAAAGUCUCUGUAUACCUGUUAUUGUCAGUGACAACAUUGAACUCCCAUUUGAGGGGAUGGUGGAUUACUCAGAGUUCUCAGUUUUUGUGGCAGUUGAUGAUGCCUUAAAACCAAGUUGGCUUGUGGAUCAUCUUAAAAGAAUUUCUGAAAAGCAGAGGAAUGAAUUUCGCCAAAAAAUGGCCAAGGUUCAGCCAAUUUUUGUGUAUGAUAAUGGCCAUCCUGGCAGUGUUGGACCAGUUCCUCCUGAUGGUGCAGUGAAUCAUAUAUGGAAAAAGGUCCACCAAAAAUUGCCCAUGAUUAAGGAAGCCAUUGUUAGAGAGAAGAGAAAACCAGCAGGUGUAUCAAUUCCCUUGCGGUGCCAUUGUACCUGAAUCAGUAACAUAAUCUCUCCAUUAUUUUCCCCUUGUGUUGCAGUAGUUUAGGAUAGAAGUAUUUGUUGUUUUUUAUUCUUUUUGAAUGGAGAAUGUGUUGUUUAGAAAGCCAUCAAUUUCAAAUUACUUCUCUGUUUUAUGCACGCCUUCUCUUUGUAUUUUCCAGCAAUGCUCAGGGAUUAUCAGUAGUAAAAGCUCGAAAUUUUGCACUCA